GCGCCCGUCAUCACUCAGAACUUCCAUUGCCAACUUGAUUGAACUUCAACUCGACUCAGAAUCUUGGCAUCUUUUAUCUUUGAACCUUGAAAUGGAUUUCAGACCUAUCCAAAGGAAGUUCUUUCCGUAUGAUGACCGCGCUCAUCGGCUAGAUUACCGUGAAUUCACCCAGUUUCAUGGACGUCGAAAGCCACCUCGCUUUCUAGGAGCACCAGGGGAUAUUUACAUCAACGAGAAGGCAGGAAGCCUGCAUGUUCAUCUUGACGAUCCUCAAGGAUGGUCUCUACCUUGGGAUGGAUCGUUUAAAAAUCGAAUCCCACAUCCGCUCUACCAGAAUAGGUACUUGUGGAUUGUGGAUUCUCGAUUAGAAUUUUCUUCCAAUUCUAUUAUACAAUUACCAAAGAACAAAUUCUUUUUGAGAGAUUAUAAGAAAGUGCUGAAAUCAGUCAUCGAUUCAUCUAAAGUAGAAGCAGAAAUCGAUUUACCAACAGCUUCAGAAUCUCCGGCGCCCAAGCGAAAGCAUUCUUCAGUCGAUGACUACGCGGCAAGUAAUGACUGCUCCUCCGUCUGUGCUUCGAACAGUAAACGUAGCAGAGUCUUGGUAGUUUCACCCCUUCCUGCUACUCUGAGGAAUUCGGUGUCGCCUACAAGGAGUAGACGGAAGGAUGUCCAUGACUCGUUUGACUCUUUUCUGGCCAAAAGUGUUCAAUGCACUCCGCUGGUGAAUAACGAUGGACUUCCAAUACGUCCAGGUAUCAAAACAGCUGAGUCCCAUGUAGAUGCUAAUCAUUCCAAAAUUGGUGUGGUAGAGCCUGCUCCAAUAUCCGCACUUUCUUUUGUGGCCAGAUCGGGGUCGGAAGUACGCCAGGAUUGCUCUCAACCGUUUUCCGAACCACCGACUGGCUCUGCCUCCAGUCCUCACAUAUUACCAAUGUCCUCAGGACCAAUACAUCUAUCACCAGUCAACCAAUAUUCGAGUUUACCCCUCCCGAAGAUUCACGCGUUCUCUGAACGUGAAUUUACAGAUGACUCUGCUGAGACCGAACUUUCGGAGGAUGAGGUUGAUGAGCUCUUUUCGGAUGAGGGUGAUCUUAAUUCGAAGUUGGAUGAAGAAAAGGCGAAGAAUGAUUCAAAAGGCUUCCGUUCCAAUCCUUCAACUCAAACUGAGCGUUCGUCCUGUUCGACAGAAAUCACGAAGGAAACCGACAAGCUGGAAUGUCACAAAGACACUGUUGAGGAAAGGCGCCAGGGCCUCCAGGCAUCAAACCGGAAAUUUACCCCCAUCAUAAUCGAGAGCGACGACGAUGAUACCAAUUUUUUACAAGGGACGGUGUCUAAAUCGACAAAUGUUCCAUCACCGGAUGCAAUUUCGAAUGGACGUCGAGAUACACUCACUGACCCGGGGAAAAUCCGUCAGCGUAAUGAAAAACUUUCAUCCUUUAUCGAUCUCACAACUCUGGACGAUUUCGGAGAGAAUGAUCCUGGCGUUAUGGACUUCCCUGCAGGUAAACAAAGGAUUCAAAGUGAUUCAAGAGGAGAUUCGCCUGAUAUCGUAGAUCUUUCUCUCGAAGAAUAUCAAGCCAACGUUCAGGCUUCUCAGAGACAUUCGAGAGAAAAUAGAUCUUUGAACAGGAAAAAUCGCAACUCGGGGAAGGGUUUGAAAUCGACUCCAUCUCCUCAAAGUUCCGCCCAACUGUCUGUAGCUAGUAGCAUGAAUGGCCAAAAUCCAAAUGCUGUUGAAAUAACCAAUCUUGAGUCAUCGAAUCUUCCUGCAGCUCCGACAUUUGGUCCAAAUUCUCCUUCGUUUGAUACAUGCGUUGAGCCCGACCUUUGGCCUCAAAAGUGGCAUCUCAGAUUACUGUACCGGAAAGACAUAUAUUCAUCUUCAAGUGUGAUCUGUGCUUGUUGCGACACCAACGCUCGGAAACUCCAACGCCAAAACCUUCCACUGUGUAACGUGGUUUCAUUCCCGAAAAACAAGGCUUAUGAACAUGAUAUGCUACAACAUGCGCGGGACAAACAUCGAGAGUCGUAUACGUACAUUAAUAUUGUGCGGAUGUCAAGCAAGGAGGUGGACAAGAAGAUAUCUGAGCUUAGAGCCCAGAGGAAGCGCUAAGGAGUUUCUAAGAUCGACUGAACACUUCUUGCAUGCCCAACAUUGUUUAUCACCGAUAUACACCCAAUUUUUUUCGCUACUUCAUAAUGUCUAGACUCGGGCCAGUAGCUUCGGAUGUUGACACUUUGGAAACUGGUGCUCAAAGGUGUCAGCGAAGCCGAGAAAGUGAUUCCGCAUAUCGCUUCU